AGCCCUACAUCGAAAACAAAUGUUGAAUUUACCGAACUCGAACAUCAUAGUCCACUUUGGUGUGUUGCUAAUGUAUGGCGUGCGUCGUACGUAACAAAGUUCCUUCGAUUUUUUUUUGGUUUUUGUUUCUGUUUCACACUCAUUGUCAGGGAGGCAGGUUGGUGCAGUUCUUCUCCGUCAUUUUACCGCAACAUAUUAUCGUUGUGUUGAUCGUGUAAAAGAGUCGAAAGACCUUACUUUUACCCGCCACCCCUCAAAAAAAAAAAAAACUAAACAAAAAAAAUCGAAAGUGCGCGUCCCCGGGGUUAGCCGUACACCCCCUUUCCCUCUUCCUCCAGCAGGAGGCUCCUAUGUGCUCGCCGUUUCUCUUGCAGCCAUGAGCAAGGCGGAGGAGGCUGCUGCCGGCCGGGAGGAUGCGAAGAUGGCAUCCUGCGCGGCGGUGGACUGCACCGAGAUGGGCGACUGGAAACAAAACAACAUGACGGAUGACCCGCAGGCGUCGCUAUCACCCACGCUGGUAGGCCCCGCCAUUCAAUGUCGGGACGUUUGCCGCUCGUAUGGAAAACUGCAAGUUCUCAACAACCUCAACCUCACCGUGCCACAGGGACAAAUCUACGGCCUCCUGGGCCCCAGCGGCUGUGGCAAGACCACGAUGUUGAAAUGCAUUGUGGGAACUUUGAGCAUCUCUCGGGGUUACAUCGGUGUGCUGGGAAAGCCGCCGGCGUUCCCUGGCCACGGCGUGCCGGGCAGGAUGGUGGGAUACAUGCCCCAAGAGCUGGCCUUGUACAACGAGUUCACCAUCGGCAACACGCUCACCUUCUACGGCCGAAUCCACGGGCUGACGUUGAGGGAAACCCAGGCCCGCAUCAACUUCCUCAUUGAGUUCUUGGAUCUACCGCAGAAGGACCGUGUGGUUCGCAAUCUCAGCGGCGGCCAGAAGCGAAGGGUUUCUCUGGCAGCGGCGCUGCUUCAGAAUCCCGAGCUGCUCAUCCUUGAUGAACCCACUGUGGGCGUGGACCCGGUGCUCAGGGCCAAGAUUUGGCAGCAUCUGGUGGACAUCGUCAAAACGGGCAAAGUGUCAGUCAUCAUCACCACCCACUACAUCGAGGAAGCCAGACAAGCCAACGUGGUUGGCCUGAUGAGGAACGGCUGCUUGCUGGCUGAAGGAACUCCAGAAGCAGUCAUGAAGCUGCAAACCUCCACCACUUUGGAGCACGCCUUCCUGCAGCUGUGCGAAACCUCAGACCAGACGUGUGUGAAGCAGAGCUCUGGUUCCCAAGACGAUGGGUUGGGGAAAAGCCAGUCGUUCGAGAGCGGGAGGGACGAGAGCCGACCCAUUCUUGCCAACGUGGCCAAAGCCACCGAGGAAGUCGUCUGCCAUACAGUGGACUGGAAGGUGCGACUCAGGCACGUGUUUCCCAAGUUGAGGAACAUUGCCGCCCUCACAAUCAAAAACCUGCUGCGGAUGAGGAGGAUGCCGGGCUCCUUGUGUUUCCAGUUCCUGCUGCCGGUCAUCCAGAUGUCUCUCAUCUGUUUGUGCGUUGGAGGAGACCCAAAGGGAAUCCAAGUUGCCGUGGUCAACAAUGACACCUCCCCACUCGCUUUCGGUCACUCGCUGCUCUCCUUUUUGGACAACAGCAGUGUGGAGCGGGUCAGCUUGUCUCAUGCGGAGGCUUUCGAAGGGGUCUAUGAUGGAAAGUACUGGGGCGUCAUUGGCUUUCGCAAGGACUUCAGCAGUUCCCUAAUGAAUAGGAUGUUAUUGAAGAACGUGUCCAAGGAGGUGAUAGAUAGAGGUUCAGUGCACGUCUGGUUGGACCAGACCAACCACCAAAUUGCCUUGAUGCUGCAGCGAAAAUUGUACGAGGCCUUUCAGGCUUUUGUGGAGAGCAAGAUGGGCAGCAUGGCCGACACGUAUGCCUUGCCCAUCAAGUUUGAAGAGGCCAUUUAUGGCAGCCAUAACACAGACUUUACGACAUUUGUGAUGCCGGCCGCUGUUCUCAGCAUUACCUUCUACUUGGCCUUGGGACUGACCGCCCUCUCUUUUGUCCUGGAGAAAAAAGAGGGUCUUCUGGACCGAUGCUGGGUUGCAGGUGUGAGCUCGCUGGAGACGAUGCUGGCUCACCUUUUCUCUCAGCUGCUCAUCAUCAGCGUCCAAAUCAUCCUCAUGCUGCUGUUUGUCCUGCUCGUCUUCAAGAUGCCAAAUGAAGGCUCCCUGGUUUUGAUCGUGCUGCUGAUCGUGCUGCAGGGCAUCACCGGCAUCUCCUUUGGCCUCGUCAUCUCCGCCGCCAUCGACGACGAGCAAAACGCUAACCAGGCCGCGCUCGGACUCUUCUACCCCAACCUCAUCUUGAGCGGUAUCAUCUGGCCUGUGGAGUGUAUCCCCUACCCGCUGCGCUACCUCAGCCUGGCCCUACCUCAGACCUAUGCCUCCGAAGCACUGAGAUGCAUCAUGUACAGAGGUUGGGAUCUGACUCACAUGAUGGUUUGGCGAGGCUUUGUUGUCACUCUGGGCUGGAACUCGUUCUUCAUCAUCGUGGCAACCCUCAUCUUGAAAUUCAGGAAGUGAACACCUUUUACACACACACACACACACACACACACAAAGAAUGCCUAGAUGUACUGUAUGUAGACGCUUUUACUGUACAUGAGGGCUGCGUAAAGUAUGGCCGCCAUCAUUUGUUGUUCCAGCCCCAUUGAGUAUUUAAAUGAUCCAAAGUCCUGGAAUGUUGUUACAUUCAAUUACUUGGGUGUUAUUUUCUAAAACUGUAUUCAUUCAUAUUUCCCUAUGUUCUUUUAGCCAUUCAUCUGAUUAAAAAAAUCGGUUCAUUCAUUUAUUGUAAAAUAUAUGGCUGCUGUCGGGCGGAAUCUAACUCCAAAAUCACCGCUAUUCAGAAAACACCCCGUCAUUAAUUCACCCCCCAAAAAAACCAAAAAAAACCCCCACAAAAUGAUCUUGCUGUCAUCGAGUCAAAAAAUAUGGACACAUUUAGUAAUGUAUAUUCAAAUAUAUCUAACCUAACGAUUUUCUGUCCUUAGUCUUUAAAACGUCAACGACAACAUGCUGCACAGCUCCUGCCAAGAUUUGAUUAAAUAAUUGUUACUAUAAUAUGGAUUGAUUUUUGAAAGUGAUCAUUUAAUUUUAUUUGGAAAAUAAACCGCCUGAUGUGUCAUCUUAAUUUAGCCAUUUUUCCCAUCAAAAUUGGUUAAUUCAAACGUGAAUUUUUAAUCGAUCUUUUAUUCAUGGCUAUUAUUAAAAAUAAUAAACUAACAAAUAUUAUUAAAAUAAUCAUUGUUGUACAUACACAUGUGUAUUUCUAUUUGGUCAAUAAGAAACAAUAUCCAAAUUAAAACGUGACUGAAUUCUUAUUUUAGGAUGAAAAUCAACUGUUUUAUAAAUCGUGCGUACAUCUUUCAACUUAUCCAUUCAAUAAUGUUCUACAUGCAUCUUGUUAUUGCCUCGCAAUCAUGGUGCAUAGAGGCAACCUAAGCAGUCCAAAGUGGAAGAAUGUAUGCUGAUGAUACAUGUGGGACAUAAGUUUAUGAUCAUGCAGUAUUUUCUUCAAGUGAACUUUAUGAUGGAAAAUUGUAACGUCAUAUUUUGAUGUUUUUUUUUGUUUUGUUUUGUUUUGUUUUUUUCACGCAACUGUUUUGCUUUUAUUGCUGUCGUUCCACUUUGCCGGACAGAGUGGAUGCGAUUUGUGGGUCAGCUGACCACAUCUGCGACUUGUGACAUAAUGUGACAUCAUCAUGUCAUGAACAUGCAAACGUCCAUCACGCUUGGUGUUGUUCGUAUGAUGGAUUGUUUACUCCAAUGACAAUAAAAU